GAUCCAGCGAUCAGAGCUCUUCAUUGAGAAAAAUCCACUGGCGAGUUUUUAUUCGCGGAGCUGCAGGGGAUGUAGGGGAGGACGCCUGCGUCGAGUCUGUUUCAACCCGCCACGAAACUUCACUGAUCAAAGUGAAGACUCCUGCAACAUGGACGGCUUUUAUGACCAACAGGUCCCUUUUGUGGUUCCUGAGAGUAAACGUCACACAGAAGACGCAGAGAUAUGUCUCAGCGUCAGGAAACGGAAGUUCGUGGACACAGAGCUGGCUCAGGACACAGAGGAACUUUUUCAAGAUCUGAGCCAGCUCCAAGAAAUCUGGAUUGCAGAAGCUCAGGUUCCUGAUGACGAGCAGUUUGUCCCGGAUUUCCAGUCCAACAACUUGAUGUUUCAUGGACCGCCCGUCAGCAAGGUGAAACGAGAGCCCAGUCCGUCCAAACACCUGUCUCCCUGCAGAACGCCUCAAGCUGACAUGUGCCUUUACAGUUACAGUGCCUGUGACACUAAGCCAGCUCUGCCUCCAGCCUCCACAGCUGCAGUACACUGUGGCUCCAACCAUCCAACCGGACCUCCACCCUUACAGAGGCAGCUACAGCCAUCGACCCCCCAGCUGACCGGUAGCUGCCCCCCGAGCCACGUUCCUGCCCUGAGCCCCUCCCACCACCACAGCCUCCCACCUUCCAACCAAAACCCUCAGUUUGCUCUGCCACGUCCCCCCAUCAGCUGCCCCGCUGCACCUUUCAGCAGGGAACAAAGGUUCCAGCGGCAGCUGUCAGAGCCCAGCUUGUCCUUCCUCCCCCCAGAGAAAGCAGCAAACACACAGUUCCCCCCCUCGAGCCGUGAUGGGCGCCCACUGUACCAGCGCCACCUCUCAGAGCCCCUGGUGCCCCUCGGCCCCCGAGGUUUCAAACAAGAGCUGGUGGACCCACGAUACCCAGAGCGGGGGCCACCUGGUCCAGGUCUGGCCCAGCCUCAGACCACCUUCAACCAUGUCACAAUCAAACAGGAGCCGAGAGACUUUGGCUUCGACUCAGAGGUUCACACCUGCCAGUCGUCAUCCCUCAUGUACCAGAACAACAGUAUUGGAUUUGGUCGUGACAGAGAGCCACGCCUGUACUACGACGACACCUGCGUUGUGCCAGAAAGGCUGGAAGGUAAGGUGAAGCAGGAGGCUUUGCCGUACCAGCGGCGCGGCUCCCUGCAGCUCUGGCAGUUUCUGCUCACGCUGCUUGACAACCCAGCUAACGGACACCUGAUUGUGUGGACGGGACGCAACAUGGAGUUUAAAUUGAUCGACCCUGAAGAGGUGGCCCGGCUCUGGGGGAUUCAGAAGAAUCGACCGGCCAUGAACUACGACAAGCUGAGCCGCUCGCUGAGGUACUACUACGAGAAGGGCAUCAUGCAGAAGGUAAAGGUGGCUGGGGAACGGUACGUCUACAAGUUUGUUUGCAGCUCUGAGGCGCUCUUCUCCAUGGCUUUCCCGGACAAUCAGAGGCCGAGCCUGAAGGCCGACCCAGACGCCAUGCCGCCCCCCAGCGAGGAGGACGGCCUCCCUCUGCCCAGCUACGAGGAAGAGGGUCCGUACCUGGCUGACGGAGGAGAGCAGGGCACCCAGGGACUGGCUUUCCCUGACAGCUACCUGUACUAGACACAGCAGCCUGGAAGCUGCUGAGAUAUUUGAAACAGGAGGACCCUGAAAUUACUGAGCAGUGUUUGAGAUUUUCAAAAAUGUGCUCCCACAUAAUGGAUGUCACAGAAAAGAUGAACUUAUCAGAUUUUUUUUCCCAUUCAAACUACAUUUAUCUUUUGCCAGGAGUUUUGUUUGCAAAGUGAGAGAUCAGAGAAUCUCUGGGACUGUUAAUUUGAACUCACUCCCAUAGCAAGAACAAAAAUCUGUGUAAAAAAAGUCUGCUGUUGUGAUUUGGUUUCAUUUGUUAUGAUGGUCUGGGCCAUUUGCAGCAAAGAAAAAUGGAGUUUGCAAGAAUGAAGUUGUAAUAUUUUGAGAAAAAGUAAUAAUAUUACCAGAAACAGUCGUGAUAUUUCAAGAUAUAAGCAAUAUAAGAAAAGGGUGUAGUUUUAUUUUUACAACAGUUAAAAUUUUAUGAGAAAAAAGUCACAAUAUUUCAACAUAGAGUUGUAAAUUUACUAUUAUGGGAAAAAGUCUGUGGUUUUAUGAGAAAAUAAAAGACGAGGAAAAAAGAACAAGAGGUUUUGAGAAAGUUGUAAAAUGUGAAAACUUGUAAAAACUCUUUCUCCUAAUUAUGUUUUUGCGCUCACAAUGUUAAAACUUCUUUCUCAAAAUAUUCCAAUUUCAUUCUUGCUAUAUAUUUGAUAUAUAUUUGUAUUUGUUUUUGGCCCUGGGGCUUGUGGUAAUUUUGUAGCGUGGCCGUCGCUGUAGUUCUCACGUACGUGAACUCUGGGAUCUGUAUUUGAACCAAAAACUAUCUAGAAGCCAUGACACUCCUUUACUAACUGACCUAUCGUUGUUUUUUUUUUCUGGGUGAACCUUACACUGCUUGAAAGGGACACACGUUUCAGUCCUCCUAUAAACAUGUAUAUUGAAAUGUCUUUUGCGUAAGUUUUCUUGUUUUCAAAGCUAAUAUUUUUGGCAUUACAUGGACUUGUAAGUUUUUCCUAAAACUGUUUUAUGACAAAGGUACUGCUUCUAUUUUUGAUUCUGUAAUACUGCCACUCUGAUGCUAAAUACUAAGCAUGGACUUUCUUACAAACAGCUCACCAGUUAUCGCACCGAGAUAGUUUUCUGCAUUUUGUAUAGUUGAUUUGCUUCAGUGUGUAGAAAAGGUGUAUAAUUAUAUAUGAAUAUAUAUUUUUUGCUAAAGGCUCUGUUUGCUUGACGUUGUACAGUGAGCUGCAGAGUUUGGCCUGCUAAUGUGUUGCCUCAGUUUCAGCCCGUGGAAGGACCCGUACCCUUUGAGUCCUGCAGAUGGAAACUGUAUGUAUAUGCUGUAUGAUCACGUGGUGGAGGUCGUGCAGGACGGAAGAUGGAGACACUGGUGUGACGUCUACCCUCAGAUACUGUAUGUGUGCCUUACGUUGUUCUUUACUGAUACAAUAAAACUAUUUUACUCUUUAUUAUAUUUUACUGUAAUUAUUUUUUGUAAUUAUUUACAAAAAUGUA